CACACACACACUGCAUGCUAAUGCCAGCAAUUCUCAGUGAGCACUAAAACACAUCUUAAAAUUAGCUCAUUCCGGCUGACAAGGCAACAGAAGGAACAUAUCAUCAGAAUUCCCCCUUUGGCAAUACCUGCUGAUUGGGUCCUCAAAAAAAAAAAAAAAAGAGCAAGCGGCUUUUAACUUUUAAUAUUUGGCUCCUCAGUUCUGCCACCAGCACUUGCGAUUGAUUGAUAGACAUUUUUUUCCCCCACCGAUUGUUGAGAGACAGAAAUAAAAAUCCAGCAGCUUGUAGAUUUUUACCUUGAUUUUUUUUUAAGUAUUAUUAUUUUUGCUUGGCUCUUCAGUUCAGGUCUGUGUGCGCGGCCGAGCGCGCAUGUUGGCGUUCUGCUGGAGAGGUUUUGCGAAACUUUGAGGAUGAUAUACCUUGGAUGUUUCCUGCUGCUCUGGGGGCUCACGCAUGUCAUGGCAAGCUAUCCCAUCUGGUGGUCACUAGCAGUGGGCCACCAGUACUCAUCAAUGGGUACCCAACCUAUCCUUUGUGGCAGCAUACCAGGUCUGGUGCCCAAGCAGCUGCGCUUCUGCCGGAACUACGUUGAGAUCAUGCCCAGCGUGGCCGAGGGGGUGAAGAUCGGCAUCCAAGAGUGCCAGCACCAGUUCAGAGGUCGGCGCUGGAACUGCACAACGGUCAAUGACAAUUUGGCCAUCUUUGGGCCAGUCUUGGACAAAGCCACUCGAGAGUCUGCUUUUGUUCAUGCCAUUGCCUCGGCAGGGGUCGCCUUUGCUGUGACCCGGGCUUGCGCUGACGGUUCAGCCACCAUCUGCGGAUGCGACACACGUCACAAAGGCCCCCCUGGAGAGGGCUGGAAGUGGGGUGGUUGCAGCGAGGAUGUGGAAUUUGGAGGCAUGGUGUCCCGUGAGUUUGCAGACGCGAGGGAAAACCGCCCAGACGCACGCUCUGCAAUGAACCGCCACAACAACGAGGCAGGAAGAUUGUCCCUCAACGACAAUAUGUUUCUUAAGUGCAAAUGCCACGGACUCUCCGGCAGCUGCGAAGUCAAGACAUGCUGGUGGUCUCAGCCGGAUUUUCGCAUCAUCGGCGACUACAUGAAAGACAAGUAUGACAGCGCUUCUGAGAUGUUGGUGGAGAAACACAAGGAGUCCCGCGGGUGGGUGGAGACGCUGAGACCCAAGUACAACUACUUCAAACCACCUACAGAGCGAGAUCUUGUUUAUUACGAAAGCUCGCCCAAUUUCUGCGACCCUAACCCAGAGACAGGCUCCUUUGGCACCCGGGAUCGCAUCUGCAACCUGACGUCCCAUGGCAUAGAUGGCUGUGACCUGCUGUGCUGCGGCAGGGGUCACAACACCAGGACUGAGAAGAGGAGAGAGAAGUGUCACUGUAUUUUCCACUGGUGCUGCUACGUCAGCUGCCAGGAGUGUAUGAGAGUCUACGACGUCCACACCUGCAAAUAGACAUGUAGAGAUUCUCAAGAAUCGAUCUCGGAAGAUUUCAGAAGGCAGAGGAUUAAUUACAGGUUUUUACCUAUGAAAUGUGUGUUGUGUAAACACACUCGACUGCCUUUGUCCUCUAUGCUGGGAUGCUACAAAGAGCUAGUCUCUGCCCAAAUCAGCUAAAAGAGCUGAAGAGCUAUCCUAAAAGCAUCAUUCAUGAGCUGGCAUGGCUGUGGCUUUGUAAUAAAAGGUUUUGCAUGCAGAAGUAGGAACAAAGGACUGCUGGCGAAUUAACAAACACCAUAUUGGUGUUCCUCUUCUAGUUCAGUAGCUAUAUCUUUUAAGAAUUAAACAACACUGCCAUUGUUUCCCUCAAUGUUUAAUCAUCAUUUGAUUUUGCCACAAACAAAAAAAACAACAACUUUCAUUUACAUUACCAGACUCUUAGCAGUAUGCAUUACCCUUGUCUGUUUAAUUUUUAUGUUUCUGCCUAUGGGUGAACUAACAUGAUCAUAGUUUCGUAGUGUUAUUGAUGUUUAGGUAAGAAUGCACUUGCACCUCAGUGAAUGUAGCUAUUUGCUGUAACAUGUUUACACAUCCUUAAGCUAACACGUUAAUAUCUCAUUUAAAUGACUAACAUUAUAUGAGAGUAGCCAGAUACUGCGGAACACCAGUGAAACCAGAGCAUUUUGUCCAUUUGAUAUAAUUUUAUAUAGUUUAGGAUUUUUGAAGUGAGGUUUUGUUAAAAUGAUAUCAACAAUUAAUUUAUUACCUGCAGUACAUUACUCUUUUUGACUCUUUAGUUUAAAUCCAUAUUGGUUGGUAUAGAAGGUUAAACCUAAUGGCAACUCCGAGAGGGGCCAAGAACAAAGUCUACUUCCACAAUCCUAAAAUCAUUCCUAUCUGAAAAAUGCCAUAGUUGUUUGAACAAAUGCUGUUUUAUGCACCUUUGAACCAGGGUUCUUCAAGGUGUCACCUUGCAACUCCUAAAAUGAAUCUGUGUUACCCCUAACCACAAUUCAAGAAUGGUCCACCAACACAGGCAGUUGAUGUAGAUGGAUUGCCUAUUAAUAACCAUAUGUUUUGUUUAAAAAAUUUAAUUUAUUGUAACUAGGAACACAGACAUCCACUUUUACUCAAAAGCAGAUUUUCCAUGAAGCUUGGCUAAAUGGAACCAAAGCUUCUUUGGAAAAAAGAGUGACCCAUGUCCAAUUGUUGCUGCUGAGAAUAGACUGAAAGUAAAAUAGAAAACAGCCCAGUUUAGUAUCAUAAAGCUCAGGAAAUAUAUGCCUUAUUUUUAAUAUGUGAUCCUUAUGAUUCAAAUGAUUUGCCGGUCCCUUUUUCUAAUAAAAAAUAUUUCCACCUUCUUUCAUUUAAUCUUUAAUAGAAAAAAAACAAAAAAAAAAACUUUAACCACUGUAACAUUUUUGCUGUUUCCAGCGCUUAACUUUUAUAUCAGACAGUUACUGUGUUAGAACAUAAUUCUAACUACAUGUUUCACAUACGAAGAAUUUGGAUACAUACUUCUUCCCAUCUCCAUUUCCACUAAAUAAAAAUGUUGGCUUCUCUGUAAAUUAUGAACACAAUCACACUUCAUGAGAUGGGAUGAGAUUUGUAAAUCAAAUCCAUUCUGUAUAGUUUGUCUAUAUUGCGUAAAUUCACAAAUAUCAACUGGACAGACAGUCCAGUAACUAAAAGGUAUAAUCAAUCAAGUCCAGUACAAUCUAAUAAAACGGUAGAGAUAUGUUAGAUCGAUUAUAUAAAAUCCAAUAGGUUCCCAUUUAAAGCACAGUCCGGUCAAAUUGAUUUUGGAAUACAAAUUUGU